AUGAUUACCUUUGCCCUUACUGCAAUAGAGGAGCUUGGAGGAGAUGAACCUAUAAGCUAUUAUGAAGCUGUGAACACACUGAACCCAACCCUGAUUUUGUUCUAUGGAAGAAACGUGAUCGUUUUGUCCUACUGUGGAUUAAAUCCACCUUAUCAGAAAAAAGCCCUCUCCUUGGUCGUACGUGCCACCUCUUCUCACAUGGCAUGGACUGCCAUUGAAAAGACCUUCCAAGCUCAAACACGAGCUAGACGCAUGGCAAUGAAGGUUCAACUACAAACUCUAACAAAAAGGUCUCUUUCUAUGCUUGAAUAUAUUGAGCGCAAACGCUUCAUUGCUGACUCUCUUGCUGAAAAUCUUCAUCCAAUUUCUGAUGAGGAUCUUAUUGGUUAUAUUUUAAGCAGCCUUGAUUCCUCUUAUAGUGCUUUCUCAACUGCUUUCAUAAUGAAGUCUGAUGAUGUCUCUGUUGAUGAUCUUGUUGGCCUUCUUCUUCAAGAGGAGGCUCGCUUAGAGCAGGAACAUGUUCAUCAAGCUGUUGUUGUUUCACAGCCCACUAACCCAACCCCACUUUUGUCUACUUCUGUUGUUUACACUACAAAUCGGUUCUCAAACCGGUCUUCUUCCACCAACAAUCCAAACAACAAUUCUGGUUCGUUUCCUAGGCGCAACGUUGACAACCCUCGUCGUCGUCCUAUCUGUCAACUGUGCAGUAAACCAGGACACGAGACUAUUGAUUAUUGGCAGCGCACUAAUCAAACUAAUUAA